GAUAAGGAAGCUAGCUCUACGCUGCCCGAAAGGGGCAAUUUCUUUUCUGUAAUCUAUGGGUUGGUCGACCUAUCGAGUCGGUUACCUGCGAGUGCGGCCUCGCUUGUCGACACAUAUGCGCUUUCUUCUCGCAGCCCUAUAGAUUUGGCUGACACAACGAGCCUAGUUUGCAGCACACUAACGCGAUGGUGUGAUUUCAAUUCUGGUUGGCCACUCAUCGGGAAAAUGUCCUUGGUAGGGCUCAAGCCGCUGUUGGCGUACCUUUGGCCCUCCACCACCGGAACCAGACACCCAAAGCAUGGCUUCUUUGGACUUGUCCUGACAUGGUGGAUCUGGCGUUAUAGUAUCGCAUGGAUCCUGACUCGAGCCAUAUUGUACAUAUAUUCACGAUCGCUGAAAAUGAAAUAUACUACCAUCCUCAUUCUCGGAGCAGGUGUUAUUGGGUCGACCGUCGUGAACUCUUCUGUACUACUGGGAUCGCUCGGCUGGGUCGUAGGCUGCGGUACACUCGCU